AUAACAGGAAUGUUGCACAACAUGUUUUUAACUUAAGUUAAAAAGAUGUGUCAUUCAGUAAUUAAUUACAAAUUGUAAUUGUUAGGGAAUUACUGCGGUAUAAGAAGAAUAAAACACGUUGGGAGAUACUGUUAUUGGAAAAUAAUCAACUUGGGGCGAUAAAGUAACUCAGCUUUGCGUCAGACCACAUCGCACCAUCCUGUCAUUGAUUGUUUUCCUGUAACAACACACGACAUGUCAGAUGGGGAUGGUGUGCUGUCCAGCAGCAGCUUUCUGUCCAGCGAUGGGGGUAAUUUGAGCUCACUUUGCCCGAAUGGCUCGGAAUGGAUUUGGUACGAACUCGGAGAGUGCACUCAGGACGUCCGGGACAUGAUCAGCGUGGUCCUGGGUCUGCUGUCCAUCGCCUGCUUCAUUGUGUCCUCUUUCCCGCAGUACUACAGCUCAUGUAAGACGGGGAAUAUGGACAGCGCUUUAUCCAUUUGGUUCCUGCUGUUGUGGCUUGGAGGUGACUCGUGUAAUCUCGCAGGCUCUUUUUUAGCUGACCAGCUUCCUCUUCAGAAAUACACCGCAGUGUACUACGUCCUGGCCGACCUUUUAAUGUUAAGCAUGUAUACCUACUAUAAGAUGAAGCACAAGCUGGCUGGAAAUGGCAACAGAACAGUGCUGUAUGCAGUCGGAGUGCUGUGUGAACUCGGGGUGUUUUCUUCUCUGCUGCAGUUCCCCGUCUCCCCUGUACACACACGUACCUCAUCGAGUUUCAGGGGCCGAACGCUGCUGGCUGUGGAUCAGCCGAACGCUGAGUUAAAUUUAAUACAGCCUUUCAGCACUAGGGAGAUCAUCGGCUUCACGUUCGGAUCGAUCUCCUCGCUGCUUUAUCUCAGCUCCAGGCUGCCACAGAUUUACACAAAUUUUCGGAGGAAGUCAACAAAGGGCGUGUCAGUCUUUCUGUUCGCGCUGGUGAUUCUGGGUAACGUCACGUACGGACUGAGCGUGUUGGUGAAGAACCCGGAGCGAGGACAGAGUGAGACCAGCUACAUCGUCCACCACCUGCCCUGGCUCAUCGGAAGUCUGGGAACACUUUUACUCGACCUGGUGAUAUUGGUGCAGUUUAUGAUGUACAGUAAAGCUUCACAGAAUAGAGGGGACACAGAGGAGACUACUGCUCUUCUGAAUGCCUGAGUCUUCGUCCUCACGGGUGUGCUCAGACCUCGAGACCUUCAGGAUGCUCGACUCUCAUUCCCCUCACGUCACGUCUGAGCACAAACGACUGUCAAAAGCACUUUUCUUUUCUUUUUAUUCCAUUUUUUUUGUCCCCAUUUAUUUUGUAUCAAUAGUAGUUUUAUAUUCAAUUCUUUUUGGAUGAUGUUCCAAGCGCUGCAAUGUCUUCGUCAAGAGAAGACGCACAAGUCACACGGGCACUGAUGAAGUGUUAAAGAUCACGGAUCUGUUUACAGGGUUUUGUUUUUAGGAAUAAACCGUCUGAAUUUGCUGUCAAUGGUUUUUAAAUCAUGUGAUGGCUAUGAUGCUGGCUGUCUUUGGGGUUUUUUGGUCAGUUGUUAUUAUGGGGAUUUACAACCUUAAAAUAAUGUUUAUUUUUUAAAAUUAGUUUGAUCUAGUUAAAAGUCAUUUUACUUAUUUUAAAGGCUGCAUUAAAGAUCUCGCAUUCUGGGAGUACUUUAUUUUAUUUGUUUGAUUAAAGGAAUACUCUGCCCACACAUUAAAAAAAUAACCCUAAUCUCUACCUACCACAGGCAUUAAUUUAAAUCCCUGUACUGACAAAAGAAAGGGAGACAUGACAACUUGUAAUGAAAGUCUAAGGGCAGUUGUUGGGGCAGAUGUUACAUUUUGCACUGAUGAAUCAGUCAGUGGUAUUUAUAUCUAAAUCUGUUUAGUUCUUCCAUUCUGAGAUUUUUCAGAGGGAAAUAUUUGUGUUCAUGCAAUAAGCGAUAACGGCGUUAUCAUGGGAAUCUAAUAACAUAUCGACGGCACAGAUCUUUGGAAAAAAGCACACAAAUUGAGUUCAUUUUUACAGCGUUGGAAAGUUGGAUGAACACAAAUCAUUUUCACUGUAAUGAUCUCUCAUUUCAGUCUCAUCUCAGGACCAUGACCUUUUAAGGACCUUUAAGAGAUGACUUCCCUUAGACUUCUGUAAGUUGUUGUUCACCAGGUUAACUUUUCUCAAUCCAGUGAAACAAAAAUGUGUCGAAAUUAUCUGGAAUAAUCACACAUACUAUAUAUGUGGUAAACAGAGCUCGGGUUUAAAAAAAAAAAAAAAAAAAGGAAAAAAAAUGGUAGAAUAUUCCUUUAAUCAAAGUUAAGUCCUUGUAAUAGCUUCACUUUCAUCAGGGUGACCUUACACAUAUAGGAAAAAACCUCUCAUUGUGUCCUUCACAUAGGUGUAAAUUCAUCACUGGGGCCUCAUGGGUGCUGUACCAUGAGUGUCACAACUGAAAAAAGUGCUCCUUAUUUGCGGAAGUCUUUUUUACUCGGCAUGAUUCCUGUCACGGUUGCAUGUUGUUCCUGGAAAAGGCACUCGUGUCGUUUCCCCUCAUUAGCCGAGUCGCUGUCAUUAGUCUCGUGUGAGUUAGGGGAACUGGGUUGGAAUGUAUGACCUUAAAAAUGUCCCCCCCCUGCCCUCUGUGAGAGCCCACCCAGGCAGGAAGAGGGUCAGAACACUGUGUGUGUGUGGGUGUGUGUGUGUAGUGACAGUGAGGGAGUGCGAGCAUGAUUGUGUCGCUGUGAUUGUGAAACUCCAGGAUGGAGCGAGAAAGGCAGCAGGGCUCCACGAGACCGCAGGAAGUGUGCAAAGAUAGUGAUGGCUCAUCCAUCAGAAGCCUGAACUGGGGCUGUUUAUAAAUACUAAGCCACUGGGAAUGUUCUAAUGAGAGCCUCAAAUCAGGCACUAAAGCCUUCACUUUCACUCUUUUAAACUAAAUCCAUGCAUUUUCACUGGUGCAAAUGUGCUAUUAGAUGUUCUCACGUUCUCUACAUGUACACAUGUUGACCAGAGUGAGAUGGGUGCUAAGUUAAAUACUUAAAUCCAUUAAAUCUUAAGGUAAAGAGAAGCAAAGUUUAUUAAUUAAAAAAUGUUUAUAAUCCUGUUUGAUAUUGUUUAUGACGAAUAAUAUUUGUAUCAGUGUAUCAUUGUUAUACAGAUCAUGUUAAACAUCAAUUAAACAUUUCAUAAUAAAAAAUAAAUAAACCA